AAUAUGGGAAAGGUUGAGGAUAGGUGGGCUGCGAUUGUGACUAGAGAGGCGUGGCAGUGAGUUGUUGUCAAACUAAGGAGUUCAGCAUUUGUUUUGUUACUGGUGGAAGAGUGGAAUCUACCAAUGCCAGGUGUCAGCAUGCCUCUUGAAAAUAUGUUCUGCUCCCGCUGUGGGGAGGGAUUUGAACCCCACGAAAAAAUAGUGAACUCACACGGACAACUUUGGCAUCCACAGUGUUUUGUGUGUGCACAAUGUUUCAGACCAUUUCCAGAAGGUAUUUUUUAUGAGUUUGAAGGAAGAAAGUAUUGCGAACAUGACUUCCAUGUUUUAUUUGCACCAUGUUGUGGAAAAUGUGGUGAAUUCGUCAUUGGACGUGUAAUUAAAGCAAUGAAUGCUAACUGGCAUCCUCGAUGUUUCCGUUGUGAGAUGUGUGACAAAGAAUUGGCAGACCUAGGCUUUAUACGCAAUCAGGGACGUGCUCUCUGCCACGAAUGUAAUGCUAAAGCCAAAGCAGUUGGAUUGGGAAAAUAUGUAUGCCACAAAUGCCAUGGUUUGAUUGAUGAUAAACCUCUUCGUUUCCGUGGGGAAGUCUAUCAUCCAUACCAUUUCAACUGUGCUGCUUGUGGCACGGAACUUAAUUCUGAUGCACGGGAAGUGAGAAGUCGACCAGGAUUUACUGCAAACGAAAUGAAUGAACUGUAUUGCCUGCGAUGCCAUGAUAAAAUGGGUAUUCCUAUAUGUGGAGCAUGUCGUCGUCCAAUAGAGGAACGUGUUGUCACUGCUUUGGGAAAGCAUUGGCAUGUUGAGCAUUUUGUUUGUGCCAAGUGUGAAAAACCUUUUCUGGGCCAUAGACAUUAUGAGAAAAAGGGUUUAGCCUAUUGUGAAACUCAUUACCAUCAGUUAUUUGGAAAUUUGUGUUUUGUCUGUAACCAAGUGAUUUCGGGAGAUGUUUUCACUGCUAUGAACAAAGCUUGGUGUGUUCACCACUUUGCAUGUUCCAUCUGUGAUCAAAAGAUGAAUCAGCGUACCAAGUUUUACGAAUUUGACUUGAAGCCUGUGUGUAAGAAAUGUUAUGAAAAAUUUCCAUCUGAAUUGAAACGCCGAUUACGUAAGGCUCAUGAACAGACACCCAAGAAAACCUCUGCAUAAGAUGAAAGGAUGCAAGAUAUCUACAAAUUCAGUUUCCAGAAUAAAAAUAUGCAACUCUCAUUUCACUCCUACAACUACUGUGCCUUACUGAAGUGCCUGAAAUUUUUGUGCGUUCCACACUCUGGCUGCAGUGUUCUGUAUGAGCCUUUAUUGACAGUAGCGUGAUUACAUUAUGAAAUUGUUAUUGACCUACAACUUAUAUUGAUGCAUAUGUAUAAUUUUAUGUACAUCUCCACUAAAAUAACUGUAACAGUACAAUCUUAUGCAUGCCAUAUUUAUAACAUUUACUAUUUUGAUAGUGCUUAAUCCUAAAAAAAUUCAUUUAUGUUGUUACAGUUGUAAUAUUAACCAUUCUACCUGUGGGAGUUCUGUAAUAUGUGUUAUACAGGUUUGUUCAAAUAAUAGAUUGAAAUAGAAACUUCUUUUGUGGCAACACUGUUGGAUGCCCCAAUCAGGAUCACUAUCAAAAUGUGUAAAAUAACAAUAAAAACAAUCAAUUUUUGACAAAAUAAGGCAAUUGGAUAGAUAAAACUAUGUACUCAUCAAGUGGCAAAACACACACAUAAAAGAUUAUAAUUAGGCAAGCGUAUGGAGCCAGUGGCUCCUUCCUCAGGGAUAAGGGCUGAAGGGGAAGGAAGAGGCGGGAAGGAAAAGGACUGUAGAGGUUUAGGAAAAGGGGUAGAUUUCAGGAAAGUCACCCACCUACCUGACAGUAUGAGAAGGGGCUUACCCGAAUUCUACCCCUUUUCCUUCCCCUUCAACUCUUCUGCCUGGAGACGGAACCACUGGCUCCGAAAGCUGCCUAAUUAUAAUCUGUUAUGUGUGUGUUCUGCUGCCGCUUCAUGAGUAGAUUUUUUUUUUAUCUAUCCAAUUACCUUAAAAUGUUUAAAGUGUAAUAACUGGUUUAAUAAUAUGCAAUUUUUCUCAGAUGAAUGUAAACAGUACAUGCACAAUUUUGAACAAAACAUUGCAUAGAGUUACAAUAUUUAAAAAUAUAAAUAAAUAAGUAAUCCCCACCCCAACACACACAACCAACAAGAACCGCAACAUCAGCAUGGAGGAGUAUAUUAGAAAAAGUGAUACUGUAACUUGAAUGCAACUGUGAUCAUAUGAGUUAGUAUUUUUUUCAGGCCCAAAGGAAUGGUUGCCAUUCCUAAUUUACAUUACUUUCUUCAGUGCAAAAAUUUCCCACUUUGUAAUAUUUUCAAAAAGUAAUGUGUGCUGUGAAAAUUAUGUGUUCUGAAAUUUUAUUAUCUUAAUUUAUGUUCACUUUUGGAUUGAAGCCUAGUAUACAGAUUUCCUGUUAAAUGAUCAUGCAGUAGCCUGCUAUUUCUGCUUCCCAUUUCUUUCUUUAAUCGAUAUUGUCCUUUGUCUUCAACCGAAGAGGUUGUAAGAUAAAAGUUUUUGCUCUCCAUUAUUGAGGAAUACUAAUUAGAAGAUAAAUAUGCCAUGACUUAAAUUUCAUUCUUUAAUUUUGUCAGUGAAGCACAGUCCUUCCCAUUUAUAGAAAAUGCGAUCAGUUUUUUAUAACUUGGUGUGUCCGUUCGUUGAUCAUUUGAAUGAGCGCACUUUUGUUGUUGCUCCGCCCCCUGCCCUGCCCCCCUUCCCACCCUUUCCCCAUGCGUGCGACACACACAGUGGGUUCUGUCAUGGAUAAUUUUAACUGUGAAGUUGAACUUACAUUUUGAUUGCCGUUUGAUGACCAAUGAUAUCUGAGUAUGAAGUAAAUGUGAUUUAGGAGAUUAAUAGAACUGAAUGAAAUGUCACUAAAAGCUGAGAAAAUAUGAAAGGCAUGGUAGAUCGUUUAUAGCCAUACUAGUGUGUGCAUGUUCACUACAGUACAUUAGUUCUGAGAUCAUUAUCACAUAUCUUUAAAUUAGUUAAUAGACCAUCGUAAUGUAUUUUUAUGAAUAUAAAAUCAAACUAACUUAUUGAUGUAUACUUUUAUAGAACAAAAAUGAUUUUUUAAAUACACAAGAUUGCAUUAGUUCCAGGAGCAUUGGUAUCUUUUAAGUCACCUGGUUUGAAACAUUCCUAUUUUGGAUCAGUGCAAUGUAUUGAGACAAUUAUUUGUUAAUCAAACUUCAUUUAGGUACUGUAUUUGGACUUUGGAUCACAUAUCUCUGACAGUUAUCAUCGAUGUAUUAAAACUUGGUGUGUCAUUUAGUACAAGACAAACAAUUGAAACUGCCAUUUUUGUUAUAUUAUUAAUUAUUUUGUAGUACUUUUCAUAUAUUAAAAUGGAUUUAAUUAUUUUGUACUUUUUUAUAGAUUGAUUCAUAUAUGGUUAAGCACAUUGAAGAUUUAUAUUUCAGUGUUAAUUAAUAAUAGUCUGAUUAAAAUUAUUUGUUAAUUUACAUCUGUCUAGUGCCACUACAGUUUUGUUAAUAUUAGCCCUUGAUUGUGGCUUGGUCAAACAAGAAUGAUUGACAGUGCAGGCAGAAAGCACCAUUUCGCACUGUGACCAGUAAUAUGUAAACAAUAUGUGGACAGAUUUCUUUGCUCCACUAGUUAAAUGACACUUGUUGCAAUUGUGACACUUGCUGUGCACCUCUAACAUGCAAGUGAGUUAAAUGUUAUGUUGUGUCACAUUGACGGUGGUGGGCAGUUUGCACUUUGUGUUGAGAGCUCUGGUUGGAGGUACUAAGUUACAAAAUGUGAAGUGUCAAUUCACAAGUAAUUUUAAUAACUCGGUAACUUACAGUUCUUUCAUACAUGACAUUAUAAAAAAAAUCAUUAGUUGUAAUUCGUUUUAGUAAGUGAUUUUACAUUAUUUUUGUGCAUAGCAAAUUAUGUCAGCCAGUUAAAAUAACUCACAAAAUAAUUAUGUAGGAUGCUUUAAAGGAUUAUGCUUUUUACUUAUAUAAUGUAUUAGUGUGUCAUUGAAGGGAAAGAAAUUUUAUUAAAUUAUCAACAUUGAUGAUAACUACCUUGCUGAUAUUAAUGCCCAUUGAAUUCAAGAUAUAAAUUAACUACCCUUGUAAAUGAAAAAAAUCUAAGUGAUUACCAUAUUAAUUUACUAUUAACUUCUGAAUAGUGUGUAAAAUAUAAUAUUGGUUUACAUGUAAUGUGCUUGUGCAUUUGUGAACCUGUUGUAGGAUGAGAAAAUGAUGAAUCUCACAGCAGUGUGUCAUGAAAGCUCUGGUGAUGAAGGAAGGUUGGUUUGUUUGUUGCAGUCUGACAAAGAGUCUUCGCAUUCCAAACCUCUACCUGCUCCUGUUGAUAUUAUGUUUUAGGUCGGAAAAGAUUGUUAAAUAUUUAUGUGUGCUUGUUGUUAUUUGAAUCAUUUAUACAUACAUACAUGGAAUUUGACUAAAUUCCUAUUUACUUUUCAUGUUUAGGAACAUAUGUGUAGCAGUUAUAUUACAAUUCAACAAGUCUUUUAAAGUAAUUUCCAGGAGUCUGGAAAGUGUUGAAAAAAUAUUUUAUUUUGUGGAAGGCAAAAUUGUUUGUUAAAGCUUUGUCUUCAGUUAAAAUAUAGAAGUAUGUGUAUAAUUCUCUAGUAACUUCACUACCAGACAUUAUAAAAAGGUAUGAAUCUCUGUGUUUCAUGAGAAUGGAAUUUCUGUUUUGCAUAACUUUUGUUAUUUUAAACUUGGUGAGAUUAUAUCCAGUUACAUAUUA